CCAGCGAAGGAACCGACGAAGAAGAAAAGAAAAAAAUACACUAAAAAAGAGCAAAAAUGGCGUUGCAAUGGAUGAUAUUAACGUACGUGGUAGCAGCAGAGGCAGCAAUAGCUAUUCUGCUAACAUUGCCAACUCCUAAAGCUCUCAAAUCUCGUUUUGUUUCUCUAAUUUCACUCGCCCUUCAACCCUCUCUUUUCGUCGUCCCUUUCUCUGCUUUUCAGCUCCUCGAUAUUUAUUGGAAAAAUGAGCAUCGAUUGAUGUGUACGGGCGAGAUUUGCACUGCUUCGGAGAGGGACCGCUACGAGAAAUCGGCAGACAAGCUUCCAAACAAAAAAAAGAAGGGAAAGUCUGUCCGACAGAUCUUGAAAGCAGAUGUGCUCCUGCUCGAGGAGCCAUGGUUAGCUGUUAAUCACGCUCUGGUCACAUGGCCAUGCUUCAUCAACCAGACUUGGUUUCCUGUCUCCUUAGAAAUCAAGGAUACAGUGGUACGAGCCUAUAGAACAGAUCCUGUUCAAGUAAGGUCGUGA